ACCACAGACUAUAAAACAAUUAUAAUUAGUCACGGAACAAUAAAAAAACAAAUUUUAUUAACUCACUUCUAGAAAUUUGUCCAAGCUUUUGAUACGAAUACGGAAAUAGUGAUAUUAGCAAGCUGUACAUUCAGUAAGUUUUACCUGUGGCUAUUAAUCUUAGAGUUACCGCAAGUUUUUUCUGCACUUACGGCAUCUCGAAAUUUGCAUUCAUUUUCUCUAUCUUCACAUGACUCAGUAUUUUAUUAAAUCUUUCUUUUGAUAUCCUAAAUAUUCGUUUAAACUGUUUAAGAUGCUUUUUAAACUUUUUCAAACCAAUUUUAACCUGUCUUUAUUUUCUAGCCAAAGUCUCAUCCACCAUUUUGUAUCGAUGUUGGGAAGUAAAAAAUUAUUAGCAGCGAUGAUAAGAGCAAGUUCUUUUUCUAAUUCUCAUGUCUUCCCUGUGCGUUUUUUUGACUUUGCUCUAGAUGAUUUCGCGCAAUUUGGGUGUGUGCUAUCGGCGUAGGAAAACUUUAUGCAAGAAAAUUAUUUUUGAAACCUAUUGUAAAUACGACAAUAAUAAAAAGAGACAUGUAUUUACCGUACACAUAAUGUUUGCAGUAUUAUAAAAUGUUCCAAUAAUUAUCCACUGUGAGUGAAAAAGUCAACCGAUAUUCCCGAAUAACUGAAGUUGGAAAUUACACCGUUAUUAUUAUUAUUGCAGGUCGAGUGAAACCUUCCACGAAAAGUUCUGAGAGACCAGUAAAAGUCCUUGAUGAACAGUUUAUUCUUUUUAUUUUAAAAGAUGAAUACCCUUCUUGGAUAAGAUCUGAAUGGAGCUUGGUCAGGAUGAUAACCAGAAAUUUUUGAGGGACCACUUUCAAAAAUAUCGAUUCUGUCUGUAAACCGCAAAUCAGUACCACAGAAGAUCUUUUAUCUUGAUGAGGCUUGGUUAAUAAAGGUUAUAAAGUAGCAAAAAUGUGGGAAGUCAAAAGUAUAACUAAUGCUUGCCAAGCAUUCUUGAAAGUCCUGUCAAAGGAUGUUAAUGUGCUUUCUGCAAAACAGAAAAGACUAAUAACUUUAAUAAUUCGGAUGUUUUUGAAGAUUGAUAAAAUAAAAAUAAAAGAUGGUUAAAUAUACUCACGAUGCAUAGAGAAAAUUCCAACUUUAUCUUGUUCAAGAUCAUCAUCAUCAUCAUCAUCAUGGGUGAACUACCAAAAAUAUCGUAUUUAAAGAUAAUUUGAUCAAAAAAGGAACUAUUAGAUAUUUUAUUAAAUGCGGCGUGGAAUAUACAUAAAAAAAAACGUGUAAUUGCGAUGCUCACACUUCUAUGAACGCAAGUGAAAGCAUCGAGUGAGUGUUCACUUUUCUCAUGUAUGUGUUUUUUAAAUAUACCCUAAUGCAUUUAAAUCAGCUUGAAGCAUUUUAAGCAGCGCCUAACUUAUAAUCGAAACGCCGAAAAAAUCCUAAAAUUACUGGCGGAAACCCGACACAAACGAAAAAGUCUAAAAGGUAAAUAGGACAAUGGCAACGUCGUCUCUUUUUAAAAAACGAAGCGAGUGCGGUGCGGUGCGGAGGUGUCAGGGAAAUGUUUUUAUAGAAGAAAAACGCGAGAUUGCACAAUUAAUUGCGCGCAAUAGUCGUAAACCGUUGUUAAUCUUUACGGCUUGAUGACGUGAUCAUGUUAUUCGAAGCCUUUUGGCAAUUUACGUGCCUGCACACAAAAAUACAUUUGCGAUAUUACCCCAACUUUGGGAACACUAUUUUCUCCUACGCACAAUUCGCACACAGUACCGUUAGAACUUAUGAACAUUGGCAACAUCGCGUUUACGAUCUGACUCGAAUGCGCACCAUUGCAGCGCCGUUUGCAGCCGGAUUUAUUUAAAUGGCUACCUUUUUUUUGUAUGUGUUUCGUUAGUGUUUUUGCAAUAAACCGACGCACUGACACGAAAAUUUUAAGCCCUGAGUACAUGCGAAGCGUUUGCAAGAUAUAAAGUUGAAAAUGGCUUUAUUUCUAUAAGACUUGAGAUACAAGUAUUGGACAUUGUCAGUAUAAUACAAAUAUAAAUAAUAUGAAAUUAUUUUAUUAUAAUGAAUUAAUUCAUAAUAAUAAUAAUUAUUAAUGUUAGAUAAAUAACAAAUAAAUAGACAAGAACAAACCACGAAUACAUAUUAAAAGGUAUCACAAGAAACAAAAUCCUUAAUAUUGUAAUAGGCGAAGCGUAGCAAUUUAUUUUUAUGAGUGUAUUUCAAUAUGAUAUAAAUUUUUAAGGUCAGAACAAAAGGACUAUUUGAUGUAAGAGACAGUCGGUGUUUAGGUAUUUGUAUGUUAAGAUUAGGUCUUAAAUUGUAUUGAAUAUCUGAGUUUUAUGCAAUUAUCUAUUAAUUAGAGUUGCUUUUUACAUAAGAGACACAAUUUAGUAUGUACAUUCUAGGGAAGUGUUAAUAAAGAGUGUUGAGGAAAUAGGUCUCGACAUGAAAAAUUCCUCGGUUUAAACCGUAUAGUCCGUAAAAUGCGUUUCUGCAUCCUAAAGACUUGCUUCGCACGUGGGGAACCACCCCAACAAAUCAAGGCGUAGUUAAGACUAAGACAGGAAUAGACAUAGGAAAAAUACAUUUUACCCACGGGAAAAGAAAUUUGAUGGCGGAGCCUCCAUAUGACAAAGCAAUAAACAGAAAGUUUUUUGAGAAUGUGAUCCACCUGUUCAAACUAGUAGAAUCUCGAGUCUACAUAACUCCCAGGAAUUUUACAGCAUUUUUUUGUUGUAUUGCGCUUUAAUUGAAGCGUACUAACAAACUCUUAUUUAAAUCCCGUGUUGAAAAGGCGAUCAUGUUAGUUUUACUUUGAUUUAGUAUCAAUUUAGUAAUUUCUGCAUAAUAUUUCAUUUGCUCAACAGUUGUCUUGGUUGCAAUGCUAAGUUGCUCAGACGAUGUUGCAGAAAGGGUAAAAACUGGAUCAUCCGCAAAAAGGGAAAAGUAAGUAUGGGAGAAAGAAGAAAACACAUCAAUUAUAAACACUAUAAACAAUAAAGGACCGAGCAAACUUCCCUGAGGUACACCGCAAUUCACAGACCCGAGGUCAGAGACGUAUUCAAAUCCUAUCUCGCAAUUUGAGCAAUUGAACGCAUGCUGUUUGCAUUCUGAAUUCGGCCUUUGAUAUCGAAAAUUAUCGCACUCGUACGAAUUUAGGUUAUGUUUUGUAGCCGUCUUACUAGUGAACUAUAAAAAGCUGUAUUCUCGCGACAUUUCGUUUUUAAGAGAUGUCUUGGCGAAGUUUUAUGUCCUGGCUUCAAUUUUUGCCUCCAAAAUUUAUAUAAUCAUGCACGGACGUAAUGAUUUAAGGUAGAUUUGAUGUGUUUUUCGCACGUUGAAUGAAUCUUUCGAAGGCUAUCAAAUCUUUUACAUAGUGCAGGUUAGUGGGUGAAAUAUAGUGGCAUGCACAUUAUCUACGAAAAUAUCAACACCACCUGCGGCGCAUUAAUUUUUACUGUAUAAUCUAAUACCUAUACGGUUUUGAUAUUACGGAAAACUUAUGGCGCAGAAGUGGUAGCGCGCAUGCGCAUUUCUCGAACCGAAUUGACGUUUGCCUAAGGGACGCAUAUAAAACAUGUUUAAAAGUCACCGUUGACAGCUUCCAAAUCCAAAACCGAAUAAAACGUGAAAAGAUGGCAUCCGAAGAAGGAGAGGCCGCCGGUGCCCUUGACGAGCAAUACAAGAAACUGCUCUGCGUAAUCCGCAACCAUAUCCCUUAUAUAAAUUCCAAUACUUAUCUGAGCCAGUGCUGCCUGUGGCUGGAGAAACUUAGCGACCCAUCUUCGGAUAAAGCGAGGAGAAACUUAUAUCUGUCCGAACUUGCAUUUCAGAUCCGAAAAAGGCAAUUGAUGCCCCCAUUUGACGAGGCGCCGCCUCAAGGCGAUCUCGCCACUCUAGACGACACAGAUUCGUGGACCGAUUUGACAGACAGCGGUUCUGAAAGCGAGGUGGUGGUGUCGCAAAUGGCAGCCGCUAAACCCAUUGGCUGUGGAGGCAGGGAAAUUGAGAAAAUAAAGGUUAAAAAAUCGGGAAACCCGCCGCGUUUCAUCGCCGAAGACUGGAAGACUACCGUGAACGCCCUCCAGUUGAGACUAUCUGAAACUACGUACCAGAACAGGGAGCUGAAGGCGAAAAUCGAAAGUGACACGACGACAUAUCGCCAGAGGGAAGAAGAUUGGUUGCGACUGGUUGAAGAAUCGAAAAGGUCGCUCGAGCGGUGCGAGAACGAACAUAGGCAAACGUUGACGCAAAUAGCGGAGAAUUACGAACGAACAAUUAAGGGAAAGGAUGGGGAGGUUUUGCGGUUAGAGCGGAUUUUGAGGCAGAGAUGUGCAAGCAUGGAGGACGAAAUAUCGGCCCUGCGGUCCCAUAUAUCACGGUGUAGCUGUAACCAGAAAAUGGCUCUGCUUCGAAAAUGCGUCUCGAAAAUGGACAAGCUAUUCCAAAGGUCACAAAAAGAGUCCGCGAAACAAAUUGAAAAACUCCAAAUGGAACUUGAAAAAAAGAAUCACACCCUGCAGAGAUGUAUGAAGACACAGAAGCUGGAAUUGCUGUCCAGAUGUAGUCCAGACCAAGAGGAAUUUGAAAAAAUUCUGAACGGUUUGGAAGCGAGAUACAAACAAAUUUUGGAUUUGCGCGAAAACGAGGUGGUGACUAGACAGAACGGAGAAGUGAUCGUUUGAUGCAAUUUAUCGUUCU